AUGUUCGGAUCUGAGUUCUACAGAAUCAGCCUCGAUCUCCGCUCCAAACCUAUAGAGGGCUUCAAUUCGUUUACGUCGGACUACCGCUACUCGGAAAUAUCUCUUCUGGGAUUUGAUAUGCCCUCAAUGCCGCUUGAUUCGUUUUCAAGCCUAGAGCCUCUAAAAGCCAAGCUGCUCGGCAAUGGGGUGGUCCGACUCUUUCGUGAUUUUUACGAGGAAGAUGCGCCUGAUCUGAAGUCGUUGGGUUUGUCUCAUCCGGGCGAUGAUACCAUGCUUUCGAUCUUGGCGGUUCCUACUUACUACACGGCAUCAGAUCUACUAGGGUUUAUUGGUGACUUCUACCUUGAGAAUUUGACACAUGUGCGGAUAUUGAAGAGCGAGAGACCGAACAGGUUUUUGGUCCUAUUGAAGUUCAAAGAUGCCGUCAAGGCGGCCGAGUUUCAGUACCAUUACGAUGGGAAACCAUUCAAUGCCAUGGAACCAGAAAUGUGCCAUGUGGUAUUUGUGAAGUCUGUCGUGCUCGAGCUGGAUGAAGAAGAAACUCCAACUGACGAUAUGAUUCCGUUUUUGCUUCGUGAUCCGUUCACGUCCUAUACUGCUCUCUCAGAAAUUGCCUCUGCUCCUGACCACACAGACCUGGCUCAGCCUGUAGUCUCUGCAGAGCUUCCGACGUGUCCUGUUUGUCUUGAAAGACUUGACUACGAGGUGUCGGGGCUUUUAACUAUUCCAUGCCAGCACACAUUUCAUUGUAUGUGCUUGUCCAAGUGGAGAGACGAUACUUGUCCAGUGUGUCGCUAUACCAACGAUGUGUCCAACCAUACGAUCCGGCGCUCUGUCCGGCGCUUGCUGCAGCUCAAUCUGCGAAUGCAGCAGCUUCAGAUCCGCGAAGAGACAGCUCAGCUGGCUCCGCCGGCUAAAUCAACCUCUACCAGCGAAACAUGUAUGGCCUGUAACACGCAAGAGAACUUGUGGGUCUGCUUAAUUUGCGGAAACGUCGGUUGCAGCAGGUAUGCACCCGAACAACAUUCACUCAAACAUUUCGUGGAGAGCGGGCACUGUUUCGCCAUGGAGCUCUCAACCUCGCGCGUCUGGGACUACGCGGGCGACAAAUACGUUCACCGACUCAUUGCCAGUGAGUCUGAUGGUAAAAUAGUGGAGCUCCCGCAGAAAGGCACAGCCAAUCAAAAAAGCAAUCUGAAGGAGGAAGACAGUGAGUAUGCCGAACUUCUCCUCUCGCAAUUGAUCAGUCAGAGAGAGUACUACGAAUUAUUGCUUAAUGAAAAAGGAACUGUGGGCAAAAGACUGCGUCGAGGCUCAUCGUUGAACGAAAACGCACGGUAUACAGAUCUUGAGGCUAAAGUCAACGAGCUUUCCGUCGCCAUGGACAAAAUGACCGAAUCCGUUGUUCCAGCCUACAAACGCAAAAUUGACAUGAUGAACAUGUCGAUCAGAUUAAGCGCACAGGAGCUACAGGAGGCGAAUAGUCUCAAUGAAGGCUUAUCUGCCAAAGUCGACUACUUGACUGCACAAGUGAAGCAAUUAAAAGAGGAGAAUGAGGAAUUAGCACAGACAUCCAAAGACUUGAUGUUUUACCUAGAGUCACAGGAGAAGUUCAAAGAUCAACCAGAGGAUGUCAGAGAGGGCACUAUAGUCGUGACACAAAAGAAGAAAAGCACGAAGAAAAAGAAGAAGUGA